AUGGGGUACAAGACUCUAUGCUUUGGAUUCUUUUGUAUUUUGCUUGCUUAUUGUUUUUAUUUACCAGUUCCAGAAGAUGUUGAAGAAGCCUGGAAAGUGAGAACCAUCAGUGCUAUUUUAAAAAUGUCUUCAUUUAUGGGCACAAUAGGUGAAUAUAUAGGUCUUCUGAAAUAUGAAGACAUACUAGUAAUGUUAUCAACAGUUCACUUUACAAAACCAGUUUCUGAUGAAAACAUUACAGUGAUUGACACAAAAUUUAGUAACAUCCCUGUUCGUCUGUACUUGCCAAAGAGGAAGUCUGAAAGGCAGAGACCAGCUGUGAUUUUCAUUCAUGGUGGUGCCUUUGUCUUGGGAAGUUACAAGAUGGCAGCCUAUGAUGAUCUGAACAGAUGGACAGCAAACAAGCUUGGUGCUGUUGUUGUGGGAAUAGACUACAGGCUUGCUCCUAAGUAUCUAUUCCCAGCUGCGCUUGAAGACUGUGUUUAUACGAUCAAGUUCUUUCUUCAGAAAAAUAUUCUUGCAAAAUACAGAGUGGAUCCCACACGCAUCUGUAUUAUGGGAGAUAGUUCUGGGGGUACCUUGGCAGCAACAGUGACUCAACUGUUACAGAAUGAUCCAAACUUCAAAGAUAAAAUUAAAGCACAAGCUUUGAUGUAUCCUGGCCUACAAUCACUUGAUACCUUGUUACCAUCCCAUCAAGAGUAUCAACAUGGUCCAAUUCUGACCAGGGAGAUGAUAAUUAAGUUGGCAAGCCUAUAUGUGACUGAAGACAAAGAUCUAUUCCAGGCUGCACUGAGAAAUGAGCAUAUGCCAACAGAGUCAAGACACCUGUUCAAGUUUGUUAACUGGAGUGACUUCCUUCCUGAGAAAUACAAAAAGAGCUAUGUUUACACUGACCCAGUUCUUGGAAAAUUGAAUGCUUCCUAUCCAGUACUUGUGGAUAGCAGGUUGUCCCCUUUGAUAGUCAAUGACACCCAGUUACAGAGUUUGCCUUUAACAUACAUUGUCACUUGUGAACAUGAUCUGUUAAGAGAUGAUAGUCUUAUUUACAUCUCACGGCUUAGAAAUGUUGGGGUGAAAGUUACUCAUGAGCAUAUAGAGAAAGGAAUACAUGGAGCCCUAUCAUUCACCAGAGCUCCGAUAUUUUUAAAUUUAGGAUUAAAAAUAAGAGAUAAGUAUAUUAAUUGGUUAGAAGAAAAUUUAUAA